AUAGGAACCAUGGAACCAACUCCAAGAAGUUAAAGUUGACAUCAAUCAUAGCUUCUACUCUUCUUCAUCAAUGGCUUCCAAUGGAAAAAGCCAAAGCAAUAAUGGCCUUGAGCAUGCUGAAAAGGAAGUGGUGGCUAUUCUGGUACCUUUCCCAGCACAAGGCCAUCUCAACCCGCUUCUCCACCUCGCACGCCUAAUUGAUUCACACAACAUACCAGUUCAUUUUGUUGGCACACUCACCCUCAUUCGUCAGGCCACACUUCGUUACCACAGCUCCACUUCAAACUCAAACAUUCAUUUCCAUCGCCUUGAACUCCCUCCCAUUGUUUCUCCUCCUCCCAAUCUUAAUGACAAUGCAGAAUCCACUGAUUUUCCAUCUCAUCUACUUCCUUCCUUUGAGAUCACUUUCCAACUCAGGGAGCCUUUUCGGGAACUUCUUCAAUCUCUCUCAUCUCAAGCCAAAAGGGUCCUGGUCGUCCAUGACUCCCUCAUGGCCUAUGUUGCACAAGAUGCUACACACAUGUCAAAUGUUGAGAACUACACUUUUCAUACCGCGAGUGCCUUUUACACCUCCCUUAAGUUUUGGGAGGAAAUGGGAAGGCCCGAAGGCUUGCAUGUCCCAGAACUGAUUCCUUCUGUGGAAGGAUGCUUCCCAAGUCAAUUCGUGGACUUCAUGAAUGUUCAAUGUGAGUUCCUCGAAUUCAGUGACGGCAUCAUCUUCAACACAAUCAGGGCAAUUGAAGGUGCUUACAUUGAGUUUGUGGAGGGUAUCAAUGGUGGCAAGAAGGUUUGGGCUUUGUGGCCAUUCAAGUCUUUAGCCGUUGAGAAGAAAGAUUCAGAAGGAGUUAGGCACUCAUGCAUGGAGUGGCUUGAUAAACAAGAGGCAAAUUCAGUUAUAUACGUGUCUUUCGGGACAACAACAACUUUGACGGAGGAGCAAAUCCAAGAGCUUGCAAGAGGGUUGGAACAAAGCAAGCAAAAGUUCAUUUGGGUGCUGAGAGAUGCUGAUAAAGCAGACAUCUUUGAUGUUAAUGGGGCAAAAAGGCAUGAGCUUCCAAGGGGGUUUGAGGAGAGAGUUCAGGGCAUAGGGCUUGUUGUGAGGGAUUGGGCACCCCAAUUGGAAAUUCUGAGCCACUCUUCAACAGGAGGGUUUAUGAGUCAUUGUGGAUGGAACUCUUGUUUAGAGAGCCUAACCACAGGGAAGCCAAUAGCAGCAUGGCCUGUGCAUUCUGACCAGCCAAGAAACACUAUUCUGAUGACACAGGUGCUCAAGGUUGGUUUGGUUGUGAAGGAUUGGGCCAAAAGGAAUGUGGUUGUUAGUGCUUCGGUUGUUGAGAAUGCUGUGAGAAGGUUGAUUGAAACGAAGGAAGGUGAUGAGAUGCGAGAGAGAACAAUGACGCUUAAAAAUGCCAUUCAUAGGUCCAUGGAUGAAGGUGCAGUUACUUCCACAGAAGUGGAUGCUUUCAUUGCUCACAUCACCAAAUAGUCCUAUCAAUUCAUAUUUGUGCUUAGUUGAACCUUCCAGAAUUUUACAGUUCGUCAAGUUAUCUCAAAAUUGGUUUGGCAUGAAAAUGCACUAUCUUUCUGUUUCUUUAAACGUUGUCUAGUAAUAAAAUUCUGUAUGAAUGUGUGCUCUGCA